AUGUCCGCCAACCAUACUGAAGCUUCAGCAGCUUCGCAGGAAGCACAUAUCUCACGUGACUGGUCAGUGAUGUGGGUUGAACUCGGAUCUGUGCUGCUGGUGUCGCUGAUGUGUUUUCUCAUGUCUUGGGCUUGCAGGAACACAGGUGCAAGCCGCAGGUCUGCUGGCUUGGAAAGGGCAUCUUCGAGUGCCUUUGUCAUGGACGAGGUGUGCUCAGAAGCUUCUGCGGACGACAUCAAGACAUUUGUGGAGGGGGGAUUGCUGACAGAAAGGCAUAUGGCCAUGGAUUGGUGGUCGCUCUAUACGAACAGACCUUGGUUAGCAGAAGAGGGUCCCACCGUGGAUGUUCCCUUUCUCAGCUCCAACGCCGAGUGGUUGGGAGAUAGCUUUCCAUCACCGGACGAUGCUUCCAUUGCGUGUAGCGUGGGUCGUCUUUGGAGCUUUCUCUGGUCCAAGAACCGCAGCAACUCCGUCAGAGCUGCUUGCUUGAAGGCCUUCCGAGGCCUGUGCCCAGCAGCUGCAGCGGAAGUGCUCUCGCUCUUUAUCUCUGGCCUCAAUGAUGCAGCCGGGAGUCAGGAUACGACAUGGUCAGUCCAGGUGUGGGCACUGGUAUACAUGCUCAUAUACAUGGCUGACGACAGGGCUAACUUCAUGUACUGGACAGUUGUACCAGGAUCUGGUAUUCGGCAGGAGCUGAGACAGCGCCUGCAACAUGUCUUUCUUUCAGUGGAAGAAGCGGAGCAGCCAACGUGGCCCAUCGGCCGCUGCGCUACCAUUCUGAAUGUCGAUGUUCCCAACACAGUCAAAUGCUGGACAGCCCUUUUCGAACUCAUUCAGCUUUGCGCGAGCUCUCUUGCUUUGUUGGCGGUUACUAUAAAGCAGACUUGCAACGACCCCCAGACCAUGGUUAUCUGCCUGUCUACUUUUGCCAUUUUGUAUGCAUCAACUGUUGUGAACAUUGUGAUGCGGCGCCCAAAUCUUCUAGACCUUGCAAUUCGCAAGCGUGACUGGAGGCACACAGCUACCUCGAUAGCUUGCCUCCAAAUUGAGAAGAUUCCAACCACUGGUCAAAGAUGCGACCCGAAUCUGGGACCGAAGAUUUACGGGGAAGCCGCAGAGGUGUAUCGCAGGCGAGGCAACCAUUUCAAGUUCACUCAAGUGAUUUCUGCAUUAACAGCCAGCGAGAUGAGCCUUGUUGCGAAGUUUGCGUUGAUGAUGAUCGUGGGGCGCCAGGCAAUACUUGGCAAUGCCCAAGUGGCACAGGUGGUAGCUCUCAUCUCAAUAUUGGAAUCCUUGAGAAAGAGCCUGAGAGUAGCUGCAGACCUUCAACUUACUGUCAUCGAAGGCUAUGCAUCCUUGCUGAGUAUCCUUAGUGCUUUCAAGCACCAGCUGGAAGCCAACAUUGAGCUAUGCAGUAGCGGCGAGUCUUCUUCAGACCGCAGCUGA